AUGGGGCUUGCGAUGCGGGGCUGUGAGCGGAUGUCCGUUCUCGUGGGACUUGGGUUCCUGUUCGCAGUAGUUAACGCAUACGCUGCCGCGGGGGCGGUGCGAUUGGCGGGCCCGGAAACGGUGGGCGGUAUGAGGAACGUAGUGUAUACACUGACUGUCGGACCGUCAGGGCUUCAAGGCACCCUAGAUAUCAACGGGUUGGCACCCAGCACAGCUGACGUCACGCUGACGCUGGCGCCAACCACGUGUUGCACCCCGGCGGGGAGCGGUUGCCAGGCAGUCACCGUCUUCGGUCGCACGGAUGGAGAGGAGAGAUCCUCAGCCAUCGGUUCCGCUGUAGGGUGGCGCUUUGGGCUUUCCGCUGAGCAAGACCUUGUCGCGUCUAACACGUGGUGCGAUCUCCGCUUGAGCGCCGGGAGCGGCGUUCCGUCUCAGUUCCGCCUAUACUUGAACAACUCCGUCGCGGAACGGCCGGCCCCGACCAGAUCAGCUAGCCUAUCAGGAACAGUAUCAUGUCCAGCUGGCACCUUUGUAGUGGUUUACCUGGGCAACCCGUCGUGCCAGCAGAACUGCACAAUCGACCAGACCUUUGUGAACGACGGUGUGAACCGGCCGAGCUGCGUCCAAGUUGACUGCGCCAAGAAGUAUGCGAGCAAGCCGGUGUAUGAUCCGGUGACGCAGCUUUGCAUAGCCACCACCGCCACCGACUGCCUCCUGAACUGCAAUACCCCUUCGGGCAGCAGCGGCGGGGGCGUUCUGGUGGCGGGGCCCAGCGCGAACCAGACCGUUUCUGCCCCCAACUGUCACCACGGCACCCCCACAGCGGACAACUCCAGCUGCGUUUGCGAUUUGGGUUACCAAACCGCGGCGGGUCAGGACUUCAGCAAGUACCAGUGGUGCACGGUGGUCGCCGUGGUCAACGCUAACCCGAGCGGGUCAGGCAGCAACGGCUCCAGUUAUGUCGUAACCCAGGCGGCGAGCAACAGCACAUCGACGGCGGCGAUCCUGGGGGGCGCACUUGGCGGCAGCGCUUUCCUCUGCUGCACGUGCGGGUGCUGCUGGUACUGGCGCCGGCGGCGCGCGCGCGCGCGCGAGUCGGAGGACGAGGAGCGCGAGCGGCCGCGCAGGAAGAAGCGCGGAAAGAAGGACGGAAAGAAGGGCGAAAAGAAAGAGCGGAAGAGGAGAGGCAGCGAAUCGGAUGGCGAGGAGCCGCCCGCGCCUUCCCCCGGGCCAUCAUCGCCGAGCAGCGGCACGGCCAUGCUGAGCCCCCCGGUCUCUCCACCCGGGCAGUGGAACGUCCCCCCCCAAAUGAUGUAUCCUCCGUACGGUGACCCCCGUUUCUCCAUGGGGGGGUUCCCGCGGCAUUCUGUCAUGGGCGGCCCUACCCCCCUGAUGCCGAUGAUGGGCGGUACAGCUUACCCGGGGUAUCCGCAGCAGCCGGUUGGUACCGUCAUGGGACCGUCGGGGGAGGUUUACCUGGAGCAGAACCCGUACCUCGUGCAAGACUUUCGUAUGGGCGCCCCGAGCGUGAUCGGGGGGAUGCGCGCAAGCGGCGCCAGCGUUUUCCCGGGAGAUAUGCGCGCAAGCGGCGCCAGCGUUUUCCCGGGAGAUAUGCGCACGAGCGGCGCUGGCGUUUUCCCAGGGGACAUGCGCGCGAGCGUGAUGGGGCUUCCCCCGGGGGGAAUGCGCGCGAGCGGCGGGAGCGUUUUUCCGGGCGGGGGAGCGUAUCCGAUCCAAAUGGGACUUAACAUGUACGAACCGUAUCGGGGAUGA